UCAAGUGCCGGAACCGGAAGCGAUAAAAUAAAAAAAAUCGACCGCGUUGAGAAAAUUUGAGUUUCUUUGUCUACGUGGUAAGUCUUCCAUAUGACCACAUUGUAAGCGGAAAGGAUGACUGCAGCGGUCCAAAUGAACCGUGGACCGCACGGCGCCGAGCAGCAGCGGGCCAGUUCUUCCACCGCCUUCAAGAAGUCCGUGCCCUGCUUCGUUUCGAAAUCCACGAACCCGCGUUCGAAAUCGUCCACGCAGAGCAACCAGGUCCUGUUGCACCUGUCGCCAAACGAGGAGCAAAUUUGGCAGUCGAAGGAUAUUCCCCGAAAAUUAACCAUCCCCAUCCAAUUUUUCCUGCAAAACACGUAGUAAAGUCUGUGUUUGUGAUGCAGAAAAUGGAUGGGGAUGGUUAAUUUUCACGGAAUAAAGGACGCCCAUAACCGACGGGGGCUGCGAUGGAGGCAGGUGCGGGAGCAGGAGAAGAAGCGGGCGGUAGAGACGAGAGAGAAAUUUCAGAAGAAGAAAUCGAAGGAACAGAACGAAGAGACGCAGGAGGAGAAGCUCAUUCGGCUGCUCGAAGCUAAAAAGGAGCUCGCGAACUUGCAGCAAUUGCAUGAAUCGGUGUUGUCAGCGGGUAAGCACUAAAGCAACGGCUCAACGCUCCUGUUGAUGGUCUUGUACGCAUUUGACUUUAACUCUUGUUCUCGAACUAAUGUAUUCUCCAUUCGCCUUUUUAUUUUCAAAUCCAUGUGUUCAUGGUUUUGAUUUCCACCGUUCGGAAAUCUAAAAAAAUGAACACAUAACUUUACUGCAGUUGCCGUUCUUUUCUGCAGUUGCGCAUGUGCCUCUGCUGAAAAACUUGCAUUCGUUUCCUGGCCCCCGUGGGCAGAAUGCGGCGGAACUGUCGUAAGUGGGGCGGUUUACUUUUUGCCAUUUACGCAAACACUUUGGGAAGAUGCGCAGCGCCUUUCGAGCCGGGCGACCGGGGGUCAGCCACGAAAAUGGUUGUCGCACGCAGCACGCGCUUUGGCUUUUUACUUCGGAAGGGCGCGAGCGUCUUCUCGUGUUCUGCCUGCGCUCGGAGCCGGGAAAAGCCUUUUUCCUACCGCGCGCACCUAUUUCGGCUCCAUCUUUCGUUGGUAGUGGUGAUGGUGUGCGUGUGGUGUUUUGUCGUUUAAGAGCGGGAAAAAAAGUCGGCGUGCUGCGCCCGCACAGGCGCCGUUGUUUUGGUACUUGCUUGCGAUGUCCUUGUCGCGUUCGGCAAUCGAGGGCCGCGGCGGGCCGUAAAAAAAUGUUGCGCGCUGCGCACCCGCAGACGCCCUGAUCUGCUUCGGUAGCUGCGGGCCGGAGCGAAAAAUUUUUUUCGCGCGCUGCGCGCGCAGGCUCCCUGAUCUAGUGUGGGCGCCACAUUCAUACUCUCUUUUUCGUGUCCAGCAAUCGGGGACUGGCCUGGAAAAUUAGUUCGCGCGCUGCGCGCGCAGGCGCCCUGACCUGGUACGGGCGCGAUAGAGUUUUUUUUUCACGUCCACCAAUCGGGGCUGGCCGAAAAUUUACAAUUUUUAGCGUGCGCCCUGCGCGCGCAGGCGCCCGGACCUGUUGAGGGCGCGACAUUCAUUUUUUUUUUUCGCGUCCAGCGAUCGGGGGCUGGCCGAAAAAAAUUUGUCGCUUGCUGCGCGCGCAGGUGCCCUGACCUCGUGAGGGCGCGACAGAAUUUGUUUCACGCGUCCACCAAUCGGGGGCUGGCAGAAAAAUUUUUUAGCGACCUGCGCGCGCAGGCGCUCUGGCCUGGUUCGGGCACAACAUUCACAAUUUUUUUUGGCGCCCAGCAAUCGGGGGCUGGUCGAAAAAAAAAUUGUCGCGCGCUGCGCGCGCAGGCGCCCUGUCCUGGUGAGGGCGCGGCUGAGUUUUCUUUACGCGCCCACCAAACAGGGGCUGGCCGAAGGAAGAAAAUUUUUCCCGCGCUGCGCGCGCAGGCUCUCUGACCUGGCGAGGCCGGUAGUUUUUUUGUCGCGCCCGGCAAUCGGGGCCUGCCCGAAAAAAAAUUGAGCACCCUGCGCGCGCAGGCGCCCUGACCUGGCGAGGGCGCGGCAUGCUUUUUUUUUCCGCGUCCAGCAGUCGGGGGGAUGCCGAAAAAAGUUUGUCGCCUGUUGCGCGCGCAGGUGCCCUGACCUCGUGAGGGCGCGACUGCGUUUCUUUUACGCGCCCACCAAUCGAGGGCUGGCCGAGAAAAUUUUUAGCGCCCUGCGCGCGCAGGCGCUCUGGCCUGGUUCGGGCGCAACAUUCAUAAUUUUUUUUGGCGCCCAGCAAUCGGGGGUUGGCCGAAAAAAAAUUUUCGCGCGCUGCGCGCGCAGGCGCCCUGACCUGGUGAGGGCGCGGCUGAAUUUUUUUCGCGUCCACCAAUCAGGGACUGGCCGAAGCGAAAAAAUUUUCGCGCGCUGCGCGCACAGGCGCCCUGACCUGGUGAGGCCGCCAAUUUUUUUGUCGCGUCGGCCCAGCAGUCAGGGCCUGGCAGAGAAAAGAUUCUAGCGCCCUGCGCGCGCAGGCGCCCUGACCUGGUGAGGGCGCCACAUUCGUAUUUUUUUUUUGCGCGUCCAGCAAUCGAGGGCUGGCCCAAAAAAAUUCUUCGCGCGCUGCGCGCGCAGUCGCCCUGAUCUGGUGAGGGCGCGAUGAGUUUUUUUUACGUGCCCACCAAUCGGGGCUGGCCGAAAAAAAUUUUACCACCCUGCGCGCGCACGUGCCCUGACCUGAUCGGGGCGUGACAUUCAUAGUUUUGUUUUGCGUCCGGCAGUCGGCGGCUGGCCGAAAAAAAAUUAUUCGCGCGUUCGUUGCGCGCGCAGGCGCCCUGACCUGGUGGGGGCGCGACAGAUUUUUUUUUACGCGCCCGCUAGUCGGGGUCUUGCCGCCGGGAAAAUUUAUUCGCGCGCCGCGCGCGCAGGCCCCAGAACCUGGUGAGGGCGCGACGCAAUUUUUUUUCGCUUCCAGGUGUCGCGGGCUGGCCGAGGCAAAAGCGAUCGCGCGUUGCGUGCGCGCAGGCGCCUUGGCCUGGGAGCGGGAAAAAAUUUUCUGCGUCGCGCCCGGAUGUCGGAGGCCUGGAGGCACCUGGCGCCGAACGUAGGCGCCUGCGUGCGCAGGCUGCUGCGCGCCGCGCGCGGGCGCACCUCAGACCGCGCGCGGCCGCAGAUGAUCCGCUUGUCGACAAGUGUGGGGACGACGACAAGCACCUCAGCAACUGUCACAGCAUGUGGCCCGCUUGUUUUUGUGCGAGUUGCCGCAGGCUCGCCCAAGUUAGUAGAAAGGGCUAAAAGAGUAGGUCUGUGCCUGCUGGCCGUUUUGUUCUGAGAGGAGGGCCGUUGCGUCAGUAGCUCGGGCCCCUAUCUCGCCCGCGUUGGUUUUUGCGUUUCGUAUGGGGAAUAGAUCCUGGGGGCCCGCGGAAUCUAUGGGGCACACAGAAAAGGGCGGGAAGGAGACUAGGGAAGGGGGUAGCGACGCAAGUUGGGGGAUCGGGAAGCAACGAGGUUGCGGGGAUGUGGGCGUCGGGAAUGAGGAGGCUGGCAGGCCUGAUCAUGAACUACAAGAAGAUCUUCAACUGCGUGCAGGAGAGCCAAGGAGCUCCUCCCAUCUCCAGGGUUCUCCAGGACCGGAUCAUUGAGGGGCCCUCCCUUUUCCAGGUAGGGAUCCCGCCUUUUUCAAGGAGGGCUCCGCUCGCCCCCGCUUCGAGAGGGAAGAAGCCCAAGAUGGAGCAUCUCGGCUUCUUCAAGGGGGGGCGGCUAUGGUGGGGCCAUCGUUGGCCUACCUGCGGGUGGGAUUCAUUGUUGCAGGCCUUCUUCGAAGGGGCACUGCAGCCGGUCCUUCGGCAAGAGGCGACUGCAGGCGGCCUUGCGUCAAGACGUGACUGCAGGGGGGCACAUGGCAGGCCCGCCUGCGGCUUCGCAGAAGGCGAGGGCGGCGGGUCUGUAUUGCAGAGCUGGCAGCUUCCACUGCCAAACAGAUGUCCUCGACUGCAGAAAAGAUGGCACUCACUGCAAAAAAGAUGGCAUCCACUGCAAAAAAGAUUGCCUCCACUGCAAAAAAGAUUGGCCUCCACUGCAAAAAAGAUUGGCUCCACUGCAAAAAAGAUGCGAUAGGGGCACUAUGGGGGCGUGGUGGGCAGGCCGUUAGCCGUUACUCUUUGUUAAAUCCGUUAACCGUUACUCUUUCUUCGAUCCGUUAUCCGUUACUCUUUGAAAACAGCACUUUCCUGCAGUCCGUUCCAUCUUUUCUGCAGUCAAACAACACUUUUCUGCAGUCGCUGCCUUCAGCAUCAUCUUUUUUGCAGUGCAACUGCAAAAAAGUUUAGUGUUCGAGCUUUUAGGACACGCCGUCACAUACAUUGUCACAGCCAACGACCAAAGCGUCCACAUGACCGCGAACCCGAGCGGCUUUGGGCUGACCACCACCAUCGACAACACGAUCGAGGAGAGGCUCGGUCUCACGCAGUCCAACAGCAAGCAGUUCUCCGUGUUUCCGCCGAACCAGAGUCCGGCCAUUGACGGCUCCAUCAUGGGGUUGAAUUCUUGCGACACCCUACCGAACACCGUUUACGGCAAGGGGUUUCUACGGUCAGAAGAGCUUCGGGAGGCGAAACAGAUCCAGGAGUUCGUGGACGCGUACAGACAGGAGCAGCGGUCCAAGGACGAGAGGGACCGGUUUGCGAAAGCAUACGAGGCCCUGCCGUUAGCGAUGCGGAAGAAGAAGGAAGAGCGGAAGCUCGACUUGGAGCGGUCGAAAUCGAAGCAGGCCGAGAUCAACGCGAGACGGCUGAUGGAGUUGCGCGAGAAGGCAGCAAAGAAGAAGAUGGAGACGACGCAGUUGGGGCAAAAAGCGGAUAAUCUCGUCAUGUGCCAAGAUGCUAGCGGGUACAACUUUGCAAACGACAUUUUGCCAGAUUAAACGCCCUUGCUUCACCUGUGAUGGAGAAAAUCGUUGCGAUCACGGGUGGUGGUCCAGCCGUGUGCACUUCUUUUCCCAAAGCUGGGUGGCCCAGCUAUGCGCACUUUGGGCAAAAUGCGCACAGCUGGACCGCCCGAAAAGUGGCCAAAAUGCGCACGGCUGGACCGCCCGAAAGUGGGCAAAAUGCGCACACCUGGACCGCCCGGGGCUUGGGGAAAAUGCGCACAGCUGGACCGCCCGAAAAGUGGGCAAAAUGCGCACAGCUGGACCGCCCGGGGCUUGGGCAAAAUGCGCACAGCUGGACCGCCCGAAAAGUGACGAAAAUGCGCACAGCUGGACCGCCCGGGGCUUGGGCAAAAUGCGCACAGCUGGACCGCCCGAAAAGUGAGGAAAAUGCGCACAGCUGGACCGCCCGGGGCUUGGGCAAAAUGUGCACAGCUGGACCGCCCGAAAAGUGAGCAAAAUGCGCACAGCUGGACCGCCCGGGGCUUGGGCAAAAUGCGCACAGCUGGACCGCCCGAAAAGUGAGGAAAAUGCGCACAGCUGGACCGCCCGGGGCUUGGGCAAAAUGCGCGCAGCUGGACCGCCCGAAAAGUGGGCAAUCAAAAUCAAUGCGCACAGGUGGACCGUUCGGGGCUUGGGCAAAAUGCGCACAGCUGGACCGCCCGGGGCUUGGGCAAAAUGCGCGCAGCUGGACCGCCCGAAAAGUGAGCAAUGCAAAACGCGCACAGCUGGACUGCCCGGGGCUUGGGCAAAAUGCGCACAGCUGGACCGCCCGAAAGUGGGCAAAAUGCGCACAGCUGGACCGCCCGCAAAGUGGGCAAAAUGCGCACAGUUGCGCCGCCCGAAAAAUGGGCCAAAGGCGCACGGCUGGACCGCCCGGGGUUUGGGCAAAAUGCGCACAAUUUUGGGUGAUUUGCCGCGUCGCCCGAACUCCAUCCGGGCAAGCCAGCGUGCAAAUUCGGCUGGUUCUGGUUUGGCUUGAGUCGCGCCGCAGGCUUGUCCUUUUGCUGAGUAUUUGGGUAGGUUUGUAUUGAGCUGCAGGCGCGUGCGCUUCCGCGCGGACCUCCUUCAUUCUUCGAGGAAGUUUGCUUUCCUGUAUUUCAGGUACGUAGAUUGGUCACAAACCCGCUUCCACGUGAUGCGCAAUACGAACGAUCUGGAGGAGGAACUGGAACAGAUCGAAGAAAAGAAGCUGACCGCGUCAACUGCGGAAAUGAAAGGUGCUGCAGAUUUUAUCUUAACGCGGUUAUGACUAUGAGGCAACGCAGGAAAAGGAACUGACUUCGAAUGUGAAAGAGAAUGCAAAUACUUUUGCCCUGAUGAGUCUUUGUCUUCUUCAUGUCAGAAUUUCAGCAACAUGGGGCACAAUUUACUACGUACCCGAAAAAUAACCUGAAAUGAAAACCAAACGUACAGAGAAGCGCGAGCAACGAGGAAAGGAAGCAAUACGGCGCAUGCGAGCUGAACAGGCAUCGGCGCAGGCACAGAAAGCAAGGGAGGCUGCGCAAGCACUAAAGCGGCAAACGAGCGUUGAGCGCAUAAAGUACAACCGAGAAUCCGCGAAAAUUCCGAACAUGGGGCUGCCGAACUCCAGCUCUGUCUCGCUCUCGUACUGCCCUUCGCUUCCUCAUUCUCUCGUCACCCUGUCUGAUUCUAUGUUUGGGCUCAUCAGAAGUCUACUUUACAGGUCUUCAAUGAUUUUUUUCGUAUCUAAGUAAUUUAUCACUUCAGGUCAUCCCGCGUCCGAGCUUCGCCCGCGCCCAACAAGAAGCAGCCGGCGCAAGCAGCGUCCUCCGCGAAAAAGAAGCAGAGCCCGAAUCCGUCUGCGCAGUCGCAGAAUCUCUCCCUCGUUCAGUCCGAGAUACCAGCUGCUUCCUCGGAAUUCAACGAGACGCAGAAUUCGUCUUUGCUGCAGAUUCCCUCUUCCUCGCCCUUUUCGCACGAGGCCGGAGCAGUGCACAACGCAACCACGACAGCAGCUGCGAAGGAGUAUGGCUACGAGAACGACGAGUUGGAUACGUAUCAUGGCGAAGGUGAAGAGCAAUUGCGGUUCUAUCCGGAGCCGAGGUCCUAUGAGAACAUCAAGUCCGGUCCGCCCCUCGGUACCAGUCUGCUCGGGUCGCAGAACAACAGCUGCUCUUCCUCCGCCUACGCCGGCGCGGGGGGGACCACCACCGCUGCGAUGAUCACGACUGCUGAACAAGGGCCUGGUGCAAGACCUACCGCGACGUCGCUUGUGGAUGAGAAGAUGAAGCAAGCUAGCGCGCUUCUUGAGGAGAACGAGCGCGUAAUCCAGGAUAUCCGGAACAACUUGCUGCACCGGUCGAGUGUCGAUAGCUUCGUCUCCGCAGCGUCGUCUUCGCGUGCUGCGAAAGUAGAUCAUGGCGAGAAAAAACUAGCUCCAGUAGAAGCUUCUGGCGUCGAUCUUGACGACUUGAUCUCUAGUCUGAGGAACAAAGGCAAUGAGGCUGCGGAACUGAACAACUCGAACACAGAGCAGCAGAAAAUCGCAACGCACGAUCUGCUACAGACGUCAAAAAUCGCUUCCGUGGAUGCGGUGCUACAACAAAGCAAAAACAACAUCGAGAAGGCUCUGCGAAGCAGUGCGGACGCGUUGAGAUUGCAGAUGAAAAAUACAACCACCGGAGCGUCUUCGCUCGACAACUCGAUGCUGAACGACACUGCGAGGCUGGAGGAGGAGUUCAACGAAAAGGUCGUCUACCCUGCCGUGCUCGGAACGGAUUCUUCUGCUCGUGCGUCAAAGCAGGCCGGUACAGCUACGAAAUCUUCCUCCUCCUGCUCUACCUCAAAGAACAAUUUCAGCCCCAGUGCGCGCAGGUUCAUCAAGGAGGCUUUCUCUUUAAACGACAGCGCGCUGUCCAGUAGCAGGACUCCGACGGGCACGGGGGGGAAGAACCUGAAUGACGGGGAAACGGCGGUCGUGGACAAAUCCGCCUUGCUAAAGCUCCUGUCCGAGGACGUGGUGAAGGACAGCGAGGCAACGUGGAACAUGGACGAUUUGCGCAGCCGCGAAAACACGAUCAUCGUCAAGGACCGCAGCAAAGCUGGGAAGCAGGUCUUCAAUCCGCACGACGAGGAUUACGGUGGCGUUGAGGUGCAGGAACGAAGCGACACAUUCUACGGAAAUUCUGCCUCAUCUUCUGCAGAGGCGGCGGAAAAUCGCAUUUUCAACUACUACACGCGCGACGCAGAGGAGGAGGAUGGGAACGAUGAAAUGGGUGCGAACGAAGAAGAACAGCAGGAAGAUUUUGAAAUUCGCGAAACAAUAUCGGUCAGACACCCGGGCACGAACUAUGACGAGGAACCCGCCUCGGACUUCUCUUUUUCUCGACUGGAACCAGAAGAGACACUGCGAACAACCCAGAACAAGCCAGCUGCAGUCGCGUCGGCAAACUCUAGUCGCAUGGUCAUGAGCGGUAGCAGACGGCAGAAAGAUUUGUCAACCCUUACCGCCGAGCUGGAUAGCCUGUGCGCAGAUUUGAGUGGCAUAUGAUUAUGAGCGGCUGCAAAAAUGAUAAUAUUAAGCGUCGACGGUGUAUUGACAAGAAACGAAUACUUACUUAUCCCACGCAAUGUCGUGAAACAGGAUCAUAGUCGUGCAUCAACGUGUCUUUUAUGGGCGAUGCUGCUACUGUCGCGGGUCGACGACUACAUUAAUAUAGCAAAGAAACAAAGUAGACGUCACAAAACGAUGAACGAGAACGAGAGGGCGCAAAUGAAAGAGAAGGCUGUGAUGAAGUUCCGCAGCUGCGUCAGUGAAUCGUAAGCUUGGUACAGCAUUUCUACAGCAGAUACGUAUUCCGUGCAAGAGCUGCGCGUUUUCCAGGCAAACUAACAACCUCCAAUAUCCAAUGAACAGGGUGUCUUCGUAGACAGAUCGCAUAGCUCUUCGCAAUCGUCAACGGGGAAAGACUUUGGUUCUCAG